AUGAUCGAAUUGGACACCGACGAGAAAGUUUUCAUGGGCUGCAUGGUUAGCUCAUUUCUAGUUUAUCAUACUAUUCGUCAGAUCUAUGCCUAUGUUCAUGCCAAAAGCCAAGAAUGGAUUCCAAUUGGUACUGUCAAAAGUCUCCAUAUCUAUCCAAUAAAGUCAUGUAAGCCUAUUGACUUAUUUGCAUUCAAAUGUACUGAAUUGGGUCCGGUGAUGGGAGAGUUAGAAGAUCGAGCUUUUGUGUUAGUGGACAUGGCAACAGGAAAGUUCGUCACUGGACGCACUCAACCGAAACUUGUUCACAUGGAAUGCUAUAUGGUUGAUGGAAUCUUAGAGGUUACGGUACCUGGGAAACCAAAGGUCUCUGUAGAUCUGAAGAAAGUUGUGAAGAAUGGACAAAUUGUCCGAGCAGCGUGGCUCAUGGACUUGAAACAAGACGGAUUUGAUUGUGGUGAUGAAAUUUCUGAAUUAUUGUGUGACUUCUUGGGAGAAAAAGACCAUCGAUUGAUUUUCAAUAAGCAAGGAGAGCAUCUUUACACAGAAAGGACAUGUGCACCGACAGAUGAAUGGUGGGACAAGAAUCCGGUACCAAAGAGGAGAGAUGAUUCGCAAUUCACCAACUUGGCUCCAUUUCUAAUCUGUACAGAUGCGUCGAUGAGAGAUUUGAACGAGAAAAUGGAAAAGAAGAUCUCCAUCAGUCAAUUCCGUCCAUCAAUCGAAAUCGAAGGCUGCCCUGCAUGGGAUGAAGAUAAGUGGGCGGAGCUUCGAAUUGGAGACGCUCAUCUCGAAUGUAUGGCUGCAUGUCCAAGAUGUGUUAUGACUACAGUUAAUCCUGAUACUGCUGAAAAGAGUGGAGAGAACCAACCACUGAAAGCAAUGAGAGGAUUCCGAGUGGCUCCCGAAGGCAGUAUGAGAAAAAUGUAUUUGGAUAAUCCUAUUUUUGGAGUCUACGCUGGACUGGAAACAAAAAUGGAACUAGACAGAGAAAAGAAAAUCUUGAUUGGGUGUUUGGCAAGUUCUUUCAUCUUUUACCAUACCGCCCGUCAAAUCUACACCUACAUUAAUGCAAAAUCACAAGAAUGGGUACCCAUUGGAGUGGUCAAGAGUCUUCAUAUAUAUCCAAUUAAAUCAUGUAAACCUGUUGAUUUAUUUGCUUUUAAAUGCACAAAAACUGGUCCAAAGAUGGGAGAACUUGAAGAUCGAGCAUUUCUCUUGGUAGAUGAGAGUACUGGAAGAUUCAUCACAGCUCGUCAAAAACCAAAACUAGUUCAUGUAGAGACUCACAUUGAAAAUGAAACACUUGAGAUUACGGUACCUGGGAAUAUAAAACUUGUUGUGGACUUGAAAAAAGUAGUCGAGAAUGGGCGUAUCAUUCGAGCUUCAUUGUUUGAUAAUUUACAACAAGACGGAUAUGAUUGUGGAGAUGACGUGGCACAGUUGUUAUCUGAUUAUAUCGAAGAACCAAACUAUCGUUUGAUUCUGUACAAAGAAGGGCUUUACACAGAGAGAACAUGUGUUCCAGAUGAGGACUGGUGGAAUACUCCAGUGCCGAAAAGAAAAGAUGAUUCCGGAUUCACUGAUUUGGCCCCUUUCUUAAUAGCAACCGACGCUUCGUUGAAGGCAUUAAACGAGAGAUUGGAUACUAAGGUAACAAUGCGUAACUUCCGUCCCUCCAUAUACAUCGAAGGAUGCCUUCCAUGGGACGAAGACAAAUGGGCUGAAAUUCGAAUUGGAGAUGCUCAUCUGGAAUGCUUUGCUCCGUGUACAAGAUGUGUUCUGACUACUGUUGACCCAGAAAAAGGAGAAAUGAGCAAAGAAAACCAGCCAUUAAAAAAGCUCCGUGAAUUCCGUUUGGCUCCAGAAGGCAAAAUGAGAAAGGCUCAUAAAGAUUCUCCAGUAUUCGGAGUUUAUGCUGGAACUGUGAAAGAAGCAUACAUUCAUGUUGGACAAACUGCUUAUGCUAGAUAUAAGCCAUCCGUUUUUUAA